UUCCCCGGAGUUCUAGUCCCACCAGUCGAUCUUGGCUCGUGCCCGUCCACGGUUCUUUCUUGUCAUUUCCGUUUCUCCCCUGCACUGGUUCGAUCUCGCCCGAGCCCAGAGCCGGGCUCCUGAAAUGAGUACUCGUGGUUUCCGCGUGGGAACCAACCCUUGCAGCCUCAGGCUCGCCCUCCCCGGGCUGAGGUGGCUGCUGGGGCUGGGGCUGUUCCUGGGGCUUCACGCCACCCGCAGCGCGGCCUUCUACCUCCCCGGGUUGGCUCCAGUUAACUUCUGCGAGGCGGCCCGAGAGACUGCAACCUGCAAGUCAUCAAUAGCACUAUUUGUGAAUAGAUUGGACUCAGAAUCUGUCCUACCUUAUGAAUAUAAUAUCUUUGACUUCUGUCAAGAUUUUGGAAAGAAAAACCCUUCUGAAAAUCUCGGACAAGUACUAUUUGGAGAACGAAUAACAUCAUCUCCCUAUGAGUUUUCUUUUAGCAAGACAGAAUUAUGUAAGAAAGUUUGUGUAAAAUCCUAUGAUAGAGAAAAUGAGGACCACAAGAAAAAGCUGGCUUUUUUGAAGAAAGGAGUACAACUAAAUUAUCAACAUCACUGGGAAAGUGAAAGAAAUUGGGAUAUUGCAAGAUUGGUUGCUGCUAGACUUGACCCCCAAAGCUAUAAGCAUUCAGAUGAAAACCACUUAACUUGUAAUGGACCCUCUAUGGAAAUUCCUGGAGAACAUACAGAUAAGUUGAGUGUCACCUACACUUACUCUGUGAGAUUUGAAGAAAACAAAAGCAUCAAGUGGGCAUCUAGAUGGGAUUAUAUUUUGGAGUCCAUGCCUUAUACCAACAUUCAGUGGUUUAGUAUUAUGAAUUCCUUUGUUAUCGCUCUCUUCUUGUCUGGGAUGGUGGCUAUGAUUCUAUUAAGAGCUCUCCAUAGAGAUAUUAUCAGAUACAAUCAGGCGAAUUUUUCUGAAGAGGUCCAGGAGGACUUCGGUUGGAAGCUGAUUCAUGGGGAUGUAUUCAGACCUCCAAGGAAUAGAAUGCUGCUCUCAGCUUUCCUGGGUCAAGGAACACAAGUUUUGAUUAUGAUGUUUAUUACCUUAUUUCUGGCGUGCUUUGGUUUUCUUUCCCCCGCCAAUCGGGGGGCCUUGAUGACCUGUGCCGUUGUGUUAUGGGUCCUCCUGGGAACCCCUGCUGGAUAUGUGUCGGCUAGAAUGUAUAAGACACUUAAAGGUGUUAACUGGAAGACAAAUUUUUUGCUGACAGCACUAUUAUGUCCUGGUGUCGUCUUUGUCGACCUUUUCUUUAUGAACCUGAUUCUUUGGGUGGAAGGGUCAUUGGCUGCAAUCUCCUUUGGUACCCUGAUAGGUAUCCUUGCGAUGUGGUUUGGAAUUUCAGUACCAUUAACAUUUUUGGGUGCAUACUUUGGAAGCAAGAAAAAGUUUAAGUGUCCAGUUCACACAAACCAGAUUCCCCAUCAUAUUCCUCAGCAGAAUUUCUGUACCAAACCACUUUUUGGCGUCAUAAUCGGUGGCAUUUUACCUUUUGGCUGUAUUUUUAUUCAACUCUUUUUCAUUCUGAACAGUAUUUGGUCUCAUCAGAUGUAUUUCAUGUUUGGCUUCCUUUUCUUGGUCUUUAUAAUUCUCCUGAUUACCUGUUCAGAAGCUACAGUUUUGCUGUGUUAUUUCCAUUUGUGCGCUGAGGAUUAUCAUUGGUGGUGGAGAGCCUUUUUUACCAGCAGUUUUACAGCUGUUUACCUUUUCAUAUAUGCAGUUCAUUACUUCUUUGCCAAACUUCAAAUCAUGGGCAUUGCAAGCAGCAUUUUGUACUUUGGGUACACAAUGGUCAUGGUCUUGAUUUUCUUCCUUCUCACAGGGACAACUGGAUUUUUUUUCCUGUUUCUGGUUUAUUACUAAAAUCUACAGUGUGGUAAAAGUGGAUUAAAGAAUGUCCCCCAAAGGCUUCCAGGCAUGUCACCGCUGCUUUUGAAUAUAUACAUCUAUAUCUGUAUGAACAUCUAUGGAGAUAUAUGUGUAUGCU